AAAAUACCCACUUUCUCCCCAUGACAUCUUUGUCAACCAGAAGGAAAGCAAUUCAAUGGGGGUUUUGACAUUUUGCGGAAAUGCGGUGGAAAAUGGGAUCGGGAUAUAUUGAGGACCCCACAAGCAAGAGAAGAAAGUGUUAGAAUUUCAGUACAAUUACACAGCUUCACCAUGUCUUUUUGGUGGUCUUUAAGGAAGGGUCAGUGCUUUGAAGGGCUAAAACGCAAUCCAGAAAAUGAAAGAUAACAUCUUUGAUGUCCUCUAAUUCUUCUUUGGUGACUGUGCAAUCAUGGGUAUUGGGAAUUUUGUCUGAUCCGGGAUUCAUCAGAUUAUAUUGUCUCUGCAGAUUUUUAAAUCUGUUUCGGGGAAAAGCUUGCAGUCUACAGGCGAAUAACAUUUUACAUUAUGGGUUGGCUGACCAAGAUUCUUAAAGGUUCUAGCCAUAGAGGGCAAUAUCAUGGGAGAUAUGGAGAGGAAAGAAUUUGGGACGAGGCUCGUAAUUCAGUGGAUGAAUUGACAGAUAUUGAGAGAGAACAACUUGAUUAUGUUAUUGCAAUGUCCCUUGCAGAAGAAGACCUGAAAGGGAAAAAAGUGAUUGGUGAUGAACCUCAAUCAGAUGAAGAUGAACAUCUUGCUAGAGCUCAGUCGGAUGAAGAUGAACAUCUUACGAGAGCUCAUUCCGAGGAAGAUGAACAUCUUACUAGAGCUCAUUCCGAGGAAGAUGAACAUCUUACUAGAGCUCAUUCCAAGGAAGAUGAACAUCUUACAAAUGCUCAUUCCGAGGAAGAUGAAAAUCUCACUAAAGCUCAAUUGGAGGAAGAUGAACAGAUUGCCAUGGCUAUUCAAGAAAGCCUGAAUGUGGGGUCUCCGUCUCCUCCUCGAUAUGAUAGUGGGAAUAUAUUUCAACCUUAUCCAUUCUUCUUUCCAUCUGGACACAGGAUCUGUGCUGGCUGCAACACUGAGAUUGGCCAUGGACGAUAUUUGAGUUGCAUGGGUGGCGUUUGGCAUCCAGAAUGUUUCCGUUGUCAUGUUUGCAAUCUACCUAUUACUGAUCAUGAGUAUUCUAUGUCUGGCGAUCACCCUUAUCACAAAUCCUGCUAUAAAGAGCAGCACCACCCAAGAUGUGAUGUUUGCAAGAACUUUAUCCCAACAAAUUCAGCAGGUUUAAUUGAGUAUAGGGCACAUCCUUUCUGGCAGCAAAAGUACUGCCCCUCACAUGAACGUGACAGGACUCCUCGGUGUUGUAGCUGUGAAAGAAUGGAGCCGAGGGACACAAAAUAUCUGUUACUUGAUGAUGGCCGGAAGCUAUGUCUAGAGUGUCUAGACUCAGCAAUUAUGGAUACUCAUGAAUGCCAACCCCUUUACCUUGAAAUACAAGAAUAUUAUGAAGGUUUAAUUAUGAAAGUGGAGCAGCAAAUUCCAAUGCUCUUGGUUGAGAGACAAGCACUAAAUGAGGCGAUCGAGGGAGAAAAGAACGGUCAUCAUCACUUGCCCGAGACCAGAGGACUUUGCUUGUCAGAAGAACAGACUGUCACCACUAUCUUAAGGAGGCCCAAGAUUGGUGCUGGCUACCGGAUCAUAGACAUGGUAACUGAGCCUCGUAAGCUCAUCCGUCGAUGUGAAGUAACAGCAAUUCUGGUUUUGUAUGGCCUUCCCAGGUUGCUGACUGGGUCAAUCCUGGCUCACGAGAUGAUGCAUGCGUGGCUCAGGCUUAAAGGUUAUCACAAUCUGCGUCCAGAAGUUGAAGAAGGUAUCUGCCAGGUCUUAGCUCAUAUGUGGUUGGAGUCUGAGAUCUUGUCACCAUCUGCAAAUGAUGUUGCCUCAUCUUCAUCACCGGCUUCCUCCUCGGCCGGUCCCUCUUUGACAUCAUCAAAAAAGGGUAAACGUUCCAACUUUGAGAAGAAACUUGGUGACUUUUUUAUACACCAGAUCGAGUCAGAUACAUCGUCAGCUUAUGGAGAUGGAUUCAGGACAGGCAACCGGGCAGUGCUCAAAUAUGGCCUGAGGAGCACUCUUGAACAUAUUCGACUGACAGGAAUCUUCCCUGUUUGAUUUAUAGAGUGAUAUUACUAGUCCUCCCUCCCACAUGUUGAUCAAUGCAUUGCCUCCCUGUCAUAUUUAGUUCAAUAGGAUCAUAGCCCAUAUGAAUUCAGGAGAAAAUAUAAAAAAAAAAUGGAAAUGCUCUUUCCUACUCACAAUUGCUGUAGUCUCCUUACCACAUAAUGAUACUGCUACAUUAUACUUCUACAUAUAGGAACAAUAAAUCAAUGAAUAUAUAUACAUAUUUUCCUUUUGUCUGUAACA